AUGGAAUUGACCAACUCAAUACCAACAGCCACUGUGAAAACUCCAGAAGUUGAGACUGAAAUAACCACUCAGACUCAACCCAAAAAGCCUUCACUCUUAAGCAACGGCGUACUGAAGCGCCACGCUCCACUCAAUCACCAACCUAUGGCGGCUACUGUGACCUACAAAGAAUGUGCCAGGAACUAUGCGGCCAGCAUGGGUGGUCACGCCGUGGAUGGCUGCCUGGAGUUCCUGGCUUCCCCCAACGCCACCUACUCUGACCCCACUUCUCUCAAAUGCGUCGCCUGCGGCUGUCACCGCAACUUCCACCGCCGUGAGGUCGAAGAACCCUUAUUUCAACCGCCGUACCCCACCCUGGCUAUUGAGUACCAACCUCAUCACCGCCACCACCCUCCGCUGGCGCUUCCAUCAAAACGCCCGAACAACAACAGCCCGACCAAUUCCCCUUCCCCGCCGCCGAUCUCUUCAACAUACUACUACCCCUCCGCACCCCACAUGCUUAUGGCCCUCAGCCAUGGGCUGUCUCCGCCGGACAAUAAAAGGCCUAUUUCCGCCGCCGCAGAUAAUAAAAAACGCUUCCGAACAAAGUUCACUAUUGAUCAGAAAGACAAAAUGCUGGAAUUUGCUAGCAAAAUCGAGUGGAAUAUGCAGAAAAAAGACGAAAACGUGAUCACAGAUUUCUGCAGCGAAAUUGGUGUAAACAGAGAUGUCUUCAAAGUGUGGAUGCAUAACCACAAGAACACUUCUGGCAGUACAAGUGGUACUAUAUUUAACGCCCUCACCACCACCUCCGCCGCCGUGCACAGCCACCACCAAGACGGCAACAACCUCCACAACGGUGAAGAUUUGGGUCAGCGCCACCUUCAAGAAAAUAGUGGUAGUAGUGGCCAUGAUCUUGGUACUAAUGGGUCGCCGUCUUCUUAA